AUGUUUGGGAUUCAGGAAACUAUACCGCGGGGUGGGACGACGAUGAAGGAGGAACCGCUGGGUGGACUGAACUCGGUCCGCUCCUGGAUGCACACAGCUGGGGUGGUGGAUGCAAACACAGCCGCCCAAAGCGGUGUCGGCUUGGCACGGGCACAUUAUGAAAAGCAGCCUCCUUCCAACCUCAGAAAAUCCAAUUUUUUCCAUUUCGUCCUGGCGCUGUAUGACAGACAGGGUCAGCCCGUGGAGAUCGAAAGGACAGCUUUUGUGGACUUUGUGGAGAAAGAAAAAGAACCAAACAGUGAAAAAACUAACAAUGGGAUUCAUUACAAACUACAGUUAUUGUACAGCAAUGGCGUCAGAACAGAACAGGAUCUUUACAUACGGUUAAUCGAUUCGAUGACGAAGCAGGCGAUAGUUUAUGAAGGCCAAGACAAGAAUCCUGAAAUGUGCAGAGUUCUUCUUACUCAUGAAAUUAUGUGCAGCCGAUGCUGUGACAAGAAAAGCUGUGGAAACAGGAACGAGACUCCAUCAGACCCUGUGAUCAUUGACAGAUUCUUCCUAAAGUUCUUCCUCAAGUGCAAUCAGAACUGUCUGAAGAAUGCAGGGAAUCCACGGGACAUGCGCAGAUUUCAGGUUGUCGUAUCGACGACCGUCAAUGUGGACGGCCAUGUCUUGGCUGUCUCUGACAACAUGUUCGUACACAACAAUUCCAAGCACGGGCGAAGGGCUCGCAGACUCGACCCUUCAGAAGGUACGCCUCCUUAUCUGGAGAAUGCAGCCACCCCAUGCAUCAAGGCUAUCAGUCCCAGCGAGGGAUGGACCACUGGAGGAGCCACUGUCAUCAUCAUCGGGGACAACUUCUUUGACGGCUUGCAAGUCGUGUUCGGGACCAUGCUUGUAUGGAGUGAGCUGAUAACGCCCCACGCCAUCCGAGUCCAGACCCCACCUCGGCACAUCCCCGGCGUUGUGGAAGUCACGCUGUCCUACAAGUCCAAGCAGUUCUGCAAAGGUGCCCCUGGGAGAUUUGUCUAUACUGCCCUCAAUGAGCCUACCAUCGACUAUGGUUUCCAGAGGCUGCAGAAGGUCAUCCCCAGGCACCCAGGUGAUCCUGAGAGGUUACCAAAGGAGGUGUUACUGAAGAGAGCGGCUGAUCUUGUUGAAGCCCUGUAUGGCAUGCCUCACAACAAUCAGGAGAUCAUUCUGAAGAGGGCAGCUGACAUAGCUGAGGCCCUGUACAGCGUUCCCCGCAACCACAACCAGAUCCCCUCUCUCGCUAACACAGCCUCCCACGGCAUGAUGGGAGUCAACUCCUUCAGCAGCCAGCUAGCAGUCAAUGUGUCUGAGUCACAAGGAAAUGACCAAGUGGGCUACAGCCGGAACACCAGCAGUGUUUCCCCCCGGGGUUACAUCUCCAGCAGCACCCCGCAGCAGUCCAGCUACAACACCGUCAGCAACAGCAUGAAUGGCUACGGCAAUGCCAGCAUGAACCUGGGAGUGCCAAGCUCCCCUGGGUUCCUCAACGGAUCCUCUGCCAACUCCCCAUAUGGAAUUAAACAAAAGAGCGCCUUCGCCCCUGUGGUCCGACCCCAGGCCUCCCCACCCCCCUCCUGCACCAGCGCCAACGGCAACGGACUGCAAGGUGAGCCCCCCUCACCCCCUCAUCCCUUCCCUACGGACUACUGGUCAGAUACCGCUGCUCAGGCCUCUGUCCGGUUUGCCAUGUCCGGCCUGGUUGUCCCUCCUAUGUAAAUGCACUUUUGUCAUCUCAAGCACCAGUCUACACACUACCACUUCACAGGACACCCCUCUAGCACACACAGCGAAAAUGCUGGUGUAAUGUAUAGUCAACUGCUUAUUCAGUUUUUAAAGAUGAAGAAAAAAGAAAAAAAGAAAAGAAAUGAUUUUUUUUUCUUUUAAAUGACUUUCACAACCCCCAGAAAAAAGGAUUUCACAAGGAACAAUAUUUUUUUCUCUGAGGGAUUUUUGUUUAUUUUUUUGUUUAUAAUUUUUUUUUUCUCCCCAUUUUAUCACCUUGGAAGAGGACACAGGAUGAUGAAGUGUUUAUUUUGUAUACCUGUUGGCUUGUGCUUUGGCCCUGGAUAUGUCCGAUCAACCAUACAUUCAAUACUGGAAGGAACUCUGUGGACUCACCAUUUGGUUGUAAACUAAAAACACUGAUGUACAGUACAUUUGCCGAUGAACUUGUUUGCCUCAGAAAUUGUUUUCUGUUUCAACUCUCUUUUAAUAGAUUCACAACAGUUGUGUGUCUUUAUAAUGUGACUUUUUGUAUUUUUAUGUGUGAGAAAAAUACACAGGGGCCAAGAAAGUUUGAAUUUCAACUGGAAAAUAUAUGAAAUAUAUAAUGUAGAAAAUUGAUCAUAAAGUACAACAAAUACAAGUUUAAGGGUGGGGGCUGGGUGGGUAAGGUUGUAUCAUGUUUCAUUCCUGCAUUUUAACUUAAAUUUUGUAAUUUAUUGUAGCUAGAAAUCAUCUUAAAAAGUAAAAAAAUAAUAAAAAUAAAAACAAAAAACAAUUCUCUUUGAUUCAACAAGCACACUGACGUGUACAAAACACUCUGCUCUGUUGAUGAAAAUGAUGUACUUCCAUGUCUAGAGCUUCCUUUUAAGCAAGUGUGUUUUGCCAUGUUUUUCAACUUUUUUGCUAGCACUGUAUAUUAAUGCAUUCCUAGGCUACUGUGAAGUCUGUUUCUUGUUGAUGAGGAGCAGUCUCCUCCUUCUAGCUCCAAUUCCCUUAUGUGUUUUAUAUGUGGUUAAAAAAAUUGUAGACUGUUGUGAUAUUGCCAAACUUGUGCUAAAUAUUUAUACAUCUGUCUUUUUCAUGUUCUUUUAGAUCAACAAAAAACAUUUAAAAAACAAAAUUAAAAUCCAUUGAGAAUGUAGGAGUAUAGUAGUUCAUUGUCAUAUUUCUGUUCAAAUACACACUUGCGCUCACUGAGGGAAAUUUUGUAACAUAUCAACUAUAAAUAAUGUAUUUAUCUCUGAAAUUUUGUAUAUUGCUUUUCAUUAUGUAUGUAUUAAUCGUCAUGCCCUUAAUAUAGUGAUGCAGCACAGAUAAUUCAGCCAAGAACUGUUGCCUUCAUUUGUUUUCUUUUUGUAUUUGAUGAAAUGCAAUGUGCAUAUAUUUCAUGUGUAUCCUCAAAUUUGUGUUACUCUGUCAAGACUCUCUGUCCAUUUUUUAAAGGGGAAGUCAAACUUCAUUGUUUAUUUUUAUAUUGAUUUUAAAUUAUCUAUACAGACCAUUUUGGAGAAAACUUUGUUGGUUGUAUUGUCAAAUAAAUUGUUUGUGACCCAUAUGAUAGUUGUUAAGAUCCAAUAGAGACUAAUGUGCAUGAGGGACAACCUUGGAGAAAAAAAACACUCCAUUUGUGGUUGUAUUUUUUUCUGUUUUGUAGAAUGUAUAGAAGUCAUUUUUACUCACCACUUAUGACUCUGCCACAUAGCUUAAAUGUGUUUACAGGGAAGAAAAUUUAAAAUGUCAACAUUUGGAAUGGAAACAGAAAUGAAUAAGUGAUGUUUUAUUAAAAUUUUCAGUAAAAACACAAUAGUUCCUCAACUGUGGACUUCUUCAGCUUUAAGUACUUUUUAGCAGACAAACUGGCAAGUCUGAAUCAGGAU